AUGGCGGUUUUUCGACUGUACGGACGCAGAGACGCUUACGACGCCCUCAGAGACCUGCUCGCCAAGACGAUCCAGCAGGACACGCCGGCGUUCGAGGACAUUUCGCCGUCGACCUCGCGAUUCUGCAACCUCCCCAUGUGCGCGUCGCACCUCCGCAAGCUCCUCAAGAUGCGAGCGCCGUGUCCAGCAGACGGCGGCGGCGGCGGCGGCGGCACCGCGACGACCGGCGCCGGGAGCAGCGGUGGUCACAACGGCAGCCGCGGCAGCUACCCCGUUAUGAGCGCCGCUCAUGGUGGCGUUGGCAGCGGUGCUGGUGCUGGUGCCGCCCCACGCCAACGCAGUGAAGGCGAUUUCUUGGUGCCUCCCCCUGCCCCGCCUUUCCGAGAUCGAGGCCAACAAGUCGAGCAGCUGACGAGGAGGAGAUAUUCCCAGGGCGUCGGUACCGCCGUCGCCGACGUCCGGCCCGGCUUGCCCCUGCCCGCGGCUGGUUGGAGCUACCUCGACUACAACACGGGGUCGGUUUCACGGCCGCCAUCGGCAUCGGCAUCGGCGUCGGCGUCGGCGUCGGCGGCCCCGCGAACUGCUUCGCACGGAGCGAGCGGCUCUAGUUUUUAUAGACCACCGCCGCCCCCGUUCGGCGCUCUCCCGCUGCUGCCGGCACCGUCGCGGCCGCAACCGCAGCCGGGCGGGGGGGCGGAGGGGCUUGGCGGCGCGCCCGUUCCGGCCCCCGCUGCUAGCUCGUGCGAGCUUGGCGCGUCGACAGCGUACGGGGGGGCGACUGCGGUCGGGUCUGCCGCUGCACCCACAAGCGAGUUGUUCGACACGGUAGGCUUUGAAGAGUUGGCGAGGAGAGACCAGACGGCGGCGGCGGCGCCUUCCUGGGGGACGGUGUCACCGGCAUGGCGUGGCGGGAGGUUUCAAAGCCCCGCCGCGGGGGAGCAGCUUCGCAGGGGCGGUGAUGGUGGUGGCGGUGGCGGUGGCGGCGGGCCGUGGGGGUUGUCGAGCCAUGGAGGGAAAGGGCAGCAUGGUCGCAAUGGCCGUGGCCUUGCCUCCGGUGCCCCGCCCCCCUCUUCGGCUGCACACGUCACCACCAACGGCGCAGAGCUCUCCGCCGCGCACGGCCAGAAAAUUGUUGACCAUCAAUCCGCCAUCACGGCUGCUGAUCUGCAGAGCGUGAGUCACGCCAUGGCCGGCGCGGAUGGGGACACCAGUAGUAGUGCCAACGCCGGUAGACCACAACUUCCCGAUCUGUAGCGAGCGCGGUUGGGGGCCCGCACUAAAAGAAGGUGCGGGUCGGGGUUCAGUUUGUCCCGUCGCUGCCAUCGAGCGUGGGGCCUACUUGUACUGUAUAGAGGAUAUUCAUUUUUUUACGGAUGUUUUUCGUUUCGUGACUGUUUUGAGUCGGCCUCUCUUGACAGACAAGACUUUUUUCUUUGUCCCGGGCCCAAACGGCUCUUGGCAAUGGAAUGUUGAUGUUCGGAUUGGUCCGGGGCGGAACGACGGGUCGCGUUAUCGUGCAAAAUGCUUGCUGCUGCUCUGUUUUUGACAUUGAUCACUUGUAAAGAGGCAACCAGUGGAACUAUUCGUGAUGUCGUUUGUGUUUUUAUCUUGUUUCGGGGCGUGCUUUCUAUCGUAUUUUGCCACGCGCCUUCCCAUUUGUUUGCAGAAAGCCAACCCCAACACAAGUGUAGGAUAGUUUGUUUCUUGUUUCCUCUGCGGGGUUACCCAACAUGGACAAGGAGCACACAGGCUUUUGAUAUGGGAUUCAUGCUUGCCUGAGGGCAUGUUCUUUCGGUCGCGUUCCUGAGGUGUGCGCUGGAUUUUGGGCUCAAUUUUUUUACUCCCUCACUCUCAGGUUCACCAGCGGUGAUGGUGGCGCUUUCUGUACGAACAUUUGAGAGGAAGCAAUUUGCGACGACGGUGGUGGUGGUCGAGAAAGACUCCUGACUGACUACUGUUGUGCUACGUUGUUUUCAGAGAGAGAGGGCUGAAAAUCGAACAACCACAAGCUGAUACAUACGGCAGGCAGCAGCUGCUAGUGCGGGCGGGACGUUAUACCCCUCAUCAUGCCCCCGCCCAUCUAUCCUACCCUGUUAUUAGUCUUUGCCGUCUUCCACCUUCGUUCGGGAAAAAAUGUUUUUUUUGUAUCGUCGUCCCCUUUUCUCCUUAUUGUCGCGGGGGUGAGAAUCCACCGAUUCGGAGCCGCUGGUAGGUAGGGCGGCCGUCCGCGUGAGGUGCUACUUUUAUUACUUACCAGACGUAGUUUAGUCUAGAUGAUGAACCGCCGCACGUGCGGACUCCGAUCGUUGCGGCGUAAUAAAUGUGUCUUGUGAGUCUUAUACCUACUGCGGUUGCAUAUCUCUUAUGAACGAACAGGUUUUUUUAUACUCAGUAUGUUGUAGUCGUAUAACCGCGGUAGGCAGAUAGCCGUACGCGGUAAAAAAUGUAUGUCGAACUCUGGAAAGAGGUAUGGGAAGUUUUUUUGCGGUCUUCUUGCUCGGUUCGUGGUUCUAGUAUAAAUAGUAAUCAUCGGUGGUUUUAGAAUGCUUCUUCUACAUAUCUUACUACGUACGUGUAGUUGUCUACCGCGCCCCAGCCCCGUGUAAUGUAAGACUUAAGAGUAAAUGUCUUUAUGGCGC